AUGUCGCCUAAUCUCCGUCGUGGCAUCCCGGCGACGCUGAGCACCAUCCCCUAUGACGGAGAGCAGAGUUCGCGCCUGAAGCCCUACCCCGACCUGGAAAUGCACCACACCACUGAGGACUCCAUCACGGACUGCUACACCCAGCUGGUGAACGUCAUCAGAACGACGGUGGACGAGUGCCCAGAGUAUAUCUUGACGGCGUACAGCUCUGACACCAGAGGCAACGUACUGUCGGUGACGGACCUCACCACUGGAGCCUCCAAACACCUGCAGAGCCAGUACUUCCACCCCAAGCCCGGCUUCUUCUUCACUAAGGCGGGAGGUCCAGGCUACUACCUGCCGGACGGCCUCAAUGGAGUGACGGCCGAGGAGAGAUGCAACGGGAGACUCUACUUCCAGGCGUUCGCCAGCAACAUCCAGGGUUUUGCUAAUAAGCAGGUCGUCCUGGAUGCAAAAGAUGGGGAUGUUUUGGAUAUCAAGAUGCAGGGUGAUCUGCCAGGAGAAUUGCCUGGGCAGAGUGGAGUAAUGGCAGUGGAUCCGAAGGGGCAGUUGCUUUUCUUCCCCGUGUUAGAUGAACUGGCCAUCUACUCCUGGAAUACAAGCAAGCCUCACGACCCAAAGAACUUCCGCGUGAUAUUUCAAGACGAUGAACGGCUACAGACAUUGGGAAAAGCAGAUGAAGCUGAGGAAAAUGUUGCAACUAGAAAUUUUUUAGUGACAAUAGUAGUACUAGGAGCAGAAUAA